UCUCACCUACCAGUGUGUUGAAUUCUCAUCCAUCACAAUGAGCAACAAAUUCUUAGGCACCUGGAAACUUGUCUCCAGUGAGAACUUUGAUGAUUACAUGAAAGCUCUGGGUGUGGGAUUAGCCACCAGAAAACUGGGAAAUUUGGCCAAACCAAGAGUGAUCAUCAGCAAAAAAGGGGAUAUUAUAACUGUAAGAACUGAAAGUACCUUUAAAGAUACAGAGAUCUCCUUCAAGCUAGGCCAGGAAUUUGAAGAAACCACAGCUGACAAUAGAAAAACAAAGAGCGUUGUAACUUUGGCAAGAGGCUCGUUGAAUCAAGUACAGAAAUGGGAAGGCAAAGAGACAACAAUAAAGAGAAAGUUGGUGGAUGGAAAAAUGGUAGUGGAAUGUAAGAUGAAGGACGUGGUCUGCACCAGAAUUUAUGAGAAGGUCUGAGAAAGUUGUUUACUCAUUGAAGUGAUAUUUGAUCAUUUGAUGUUGGAAAUCAGCUGUUUCCAUUGGCAAGGCCUGACUACACUGCACUUUGUUUGUUUUCGCUUUUGUCUUAAUAGAUCAGAUAAGCAAAGGCCUAAACUGAGGAUUAAUCUAAAUUUCAGUGUUAUUUAAACAUUUUCAAUUUGUAUGCAUGUCAUUACUGUAUUAAAGAUUAAAGUGUGUAUAUUGGUCAGACCUAAAGCAUGGAUAAUGUCAUUUAAUUAUCUGUGAAGUUCUAACUUAUGUUGUAUUUUAAAUAUUUGAAAUGAUAGUAAAAGGAAGUAAUAGCAUAGUAAAAGGAAGUAAAUAUAUUGAUUGGGGUAGCAAACUCAAAUGCCUUCAGGGACCAGGAGAGUAAUGGGUUUAGAGGGUCAGAAGUGAAGCAAACUAGAAGAAGGAGAUGUUUUACAAUGAGGAGUUCUAGCUUCAGCUAAAAAGGGCAGCCGCUACUCCAGCCAAUUUAAAAACUGAGGGUUAAUUUACAGACAGUGAAAUGAACAGAUAUUAAAGAUAGAGUUGUGACAAAUGCAUGCACCCAUAUAAUUCCCAUCCUGAUCAAGAUAUAGUACAUUUCCCUAAUCCCAGAAUGUUUUCUCACACUCCUUCCCAGUCAAUGUCCUGCCCUGUCCCAGCUCCAACAAAAGCAAGUAGUGAUUUAUUUUCCAUCACUGUAGACUAGUUUUGCCUCUUCUCAAACUUCAUAUAAAUCGGAUCAUACAUUAUGUGUUCUUUUCUGUUUGCCUUUUUAAAGUCAGCAUCAUGUUUUUGAAAUUCAUCCAUAUUGUUGCAUGCAACAUUAAUUUGUUCCUUUUUAUUGCUGAGUAGUAUUCCAUUGCAUGAAUAUAUCACAGUUUACUUAUCCCUUCUCUUAAGAUAAUUGAGUUAUUUCCAGUUUUCGG